AUGUCUCUUAUUUCUGAUUGACGAAAAAAACCUGCAAUCGUGGCUUCCGUUAAUAGUACCAGUGCAGCAGCCAAGUAUCCUUCACCGCCAUUAGGUGAUUAUUAUUCGAACUAUGUCGCUGCAGCAUCAUCUAUGGCGGCAAGUGACCCAACUGCAUUGAAGUUUGGAUAUUCCGAUCCGACGAAAGGCGUGCAAUUUGCUUUUGGUUUUCCUCAACAUCCCGAUUCGUUUUCGGCAUUAUCAUAUAAUGGCUCAUCACAAAGAAAACAAAGACGUGAACGAACGACAUUUACCCGCGCACAACUUGAUCAGCUUGAAACAUUAUUUGAUCGAACACGGUAUCCUGAUAUAUUUAUGCGUGAAGAAGUUGCAUUGAAAGUCAAUCUACCCGAAUCGAGAAUACAAGUUUGGUUCAAAAAUCGCCGUGCUAAAUGUCGUCAACAAGAUAAAGCAACAAAAAAACCUUCAUCAUCAUCUAAUAGUGGCAUUCAUGACAAAUCCAAUUCAUCAAAUGAUACUUCACUUUCAGCCGCAACACCUAUUUGCAAACGUGAAGCCAAAAGUCCAUCGAUGAUUAGUCCAAACGGUCGAAUAAAUUCUUCUCAGACAACCAACAAUCGUUCACCACCGUCGACAUCCAGCACAAAUAGUUUAAAUGGUGGUGGUAGUAAUAGUUUAUGUUCGUCAAAUUCGACAACAAGCAACGCAUUCUAUCGUUCACCAACAUCAGAUAAUUCAACUGCUGCUGCUGCCGCUGCAGCUUCAUCUCUAGCUGCUUGGUCUUCUCAGGCAGCUGCUUAUCAUCACAUGUACCCAACAUCGUAUAGUCCUAAUCAAACCUCGUAUCCAAGUGGACUAUUUUACGGUAAUGAACCUCAGCAUCUCUACAAAGCGAACUCGGCUACCGCGAAUAGUCCGCCGAUAUAUGGAACAGCGGCAAGUGCAUUAACAUAUCGAAAUCAAGAGAUGGAUUUUCUUCAGCCGACAGCGAUGUAUGGUCGAGCAAGUGAGGAAUUUAUGGGUUGGCCAACUUCGCACCAUCAUCAUCAUCAUCAAAACUUUAAAAUUUUCAAUUAA